AUGGGAAUUUCUCUAGAAAAUAUUGAACCAAAAGAUCAAAUUGAUCCUGAUCUCACCUGUUUGUUAUGCGACAAAAUAUCGGAAAAACCAAAAGUCUGCCAAAGCUGCCCCAAAGUCUUUUGUCUACCCUGCUUCCGAAUCGAAGUUGCUAACAACGACAACAAAUGCCCGAACUGCAAAAUCCACAUCAACUAUGACAAUGUUUCUUACUUGAAAUCGCCUCCAAAAGAAUGGUUCGAGAAAACAAACGAGCUCACAAUCAAAUGCGAAGAUUGUUCUGAAGCCAUCCUUCAGUACUCAAACUACGAAGAACAUCGAAUCAAUUGUCAAGGAAGACUGUCGUCUAUUGACGAGAUUCUUGCACCCGUCAGAGAAGCGGCCAACGAGGCUACACGACGUUUUGACUAA